UUGAACUCUACUCAUCUUUUAAACCGCUCUGCACUCGAGGAGAUAACAUGCAAAAACUUUCGUCCAUGUUAGACCAGGCAAAAUAUGACCGUUGGACUAGACUGGCAGUCCCAGAAUUAAUAAAAAAUAGGAAGGCUUUGAUGUGAAAGGCACGGUUUCGAUUCCCAAAAGAGGAGCCGUUUAACCCACCGUUUUGUCUAUCAGAUUUCAUUCAUUUAUAAUUUCAUUGGGUAAUUCAUUCAUUCUGCUGUAAAAUCCCUCUCUCACACCUCUGCAUUUCAAAAAUGGUGAUGGGCCGUUUGAUGACUCCUCAGGAAAAGAGCCCAUUGAAAGAGGAUGAGGAGCUGUGGAAUAGAUUGAACAAGAGGAGCAGAUGUCUUUCAGAUUCGUCAUCAAAUGAUGAAAACAAGAAGAGGAAGAAGGAGGAUAUGAAGUUGUUGGAUGAGGGAAUGCAGGCUGUGGCCUCUUCUCUAACUCAGCUCACCAACGCUCUUACCACUGCAACUGCUGAUGCUGCUGUGGAGCAGGAACAUGAAGAAAUGAAAAUGGGAGAAGAAGCGCUAUCAUUAUCAUUAAAAGAGGUGAUUUCCGUUGCAGUUUCCCCUAGCCCAAGCUCCAAGGGAAAUACGAGAGAUCAUCAACACCAGGUGGCGAAGGCCCUAGCUAGCAGCCCAAACCCUAAGAAGAAUGCCGAGAAUCUGGGAGAUAAUCUAAAUGUGGCGAAGUCCUUGGCUUGCAAAGCCAAACUCCUUCAACGGCAGAUGACAUCCUUGAAAGCGGAUCUGUGCUUUGUGAGAGAGCGCUGCGCUUUUCUUGAAGAGGAGAACUCACGGUUGAGGGAUAGGGAUAGGGUUGGUGAUGGUGUGAGGCCUGAAGAAGAUGAUCUGGUGAGGCUGCAGCUGGAAGUUCUUCUGGCAGAGAAAGGUCGCUUGGCUCAGGAGAAUGCAAACCUGACAAGAGAGAAUGAAUAUCUUCAUCAAUUAGUGGAAUAUCAUCAGCUAACAUGUCAGGAGGAUAUCAUUGGCAUGUGUUCAGAUUUCUCCUCCGUUUCUCCUCCUGUGAAAAGGAUCAGAGAAAAUGGAGGAUCCUCUCGCCUCCAUUUAGAUGCUAAUGGCGUUUUGGAAUGAAUACCUAUUGUACUGUCUCGUUCUUUUCCAAAAAUAUGAUUCACUCAUUUCUCCAUCUCAUUCAAUAAUACCUUGUCACUAUUAUUUAAAAUUGUAAAGAGUCUUUUUGCAAGUUAUGGUCAUACUUGUGCAUGCAUUAAUUGUUAUUAUGGGAAGUUAUGGUCAUGCUAGUGCACUAAUUGUAGUUCAAGAGGGCAUAUCCUCGUAGAACCUUGGAUUUAAUGUUAUUAUGAGAUGUUUUUAAGGCCAGGGAUUGCAAUCCCCUAUUACAAUCCCCUAUUACAUAAUCUGAUAAAAUAUAUAUUAGUAGUUGCAGGAUUUUUCAUGUGCAA